AUGGAGGCGAAAGGAAGAAACAUGCCCUCAGAUAUUAGUUUCCUUCCCCGCCCAGCGCUGGUGUGGUGCGAGCGGGGCAUCCAGGUGCUGCUAACCACCAUGGGGGCGUUUGCAGCUUUCGCCUUGAUGACGGUGGCCAUCGGCACCGACUACUGGCUCUACGCCCGGGCCUUCAUCUGCAACAGCACGGCCAACUCCUCCCAGGAGGAGUCCAACAAUAAGGACAAGAAAGACCCUGGAGCGCUCACCCACUCUGGCCUCUGGAGGAUCUGCUGCCUGGAAGGUUUGAAGCGAGGUGUGUGUUCCCAGAUCAAUCAUUUCCCAGACGACGCAGACUACGACCAAGAUUCUGCAGAGUAUCUGUUGCGUGUGGUGCGAGCCUCCAGUAUCUUCCCCAUCCUCAGUGCUAUACUGCUCCUGCUGGGCGGAGUGUGCGUUGCUUCCAGCAGCUUCUACAAGAGCAAAAGGAACAUUAUUCUAGGUGGAGGGAUACUGUUUGUGGCUGCAGGCCUUAGCAACAUCAUCGGAGUUAUCGUCUACAUCUCUGCAGCGCUGAGCGACAUCUCCCCCAAGAAGGACGAGGAUAAAAAAUGGCAUUACUCUUACGGCUGGUCCUUCUACUUCGGUGGCCUGUCCUUCAUCCUGGCCGAGAUGGUCGGCGUCCUCGCUGUCAACAUCUACAUCGAGAAGAACAAAGAGCUGCGUUGCCGCUCCCGCACCGACCUCUUCAAGAGCACCACGCACGCCAUGCUGCGGCUGCCCAGCUACCGCUUCAGACGGCGCUCCCGCUCCAGCUCACGCUCCACCGACCCUCCGCACUCACCGGAGACCUCACCCAUUGGCGUCUCCAAGACCUUCAGCCUGCCGCCGUCCGCUCCGCCCUUCUCCGUGGCCACACUACCCAACCCGCACCACUCCAGCAGCGGUGGAAGCGGAGGAGGCGACAUCUCCAUGUACACCCUGACGAGGGACUCCAAACUGGGCAGCCUGGGAGGUGGCGCCCCACCGCUGUACGGCACGGUGGAUCGCGCCACCUUGUACCAGCUCCACAACUACUUCCCGAAAGAUUCCGGCGGUAGUGGUGGAGGAGGAGGAGCGGUGAUAAGCGGCGGCACGCUCCCGUCUCACUCCAAGUCCAACUUGGCGGCGGCGGCAGCUGUAGCCCAGAACGCAGCACCGCUGAAUACCUCCACAUCAGCCGCCGCACCGGCCCAGCAGGCCCCAAUGUCUACAGCCACCAUGGAGAGGGACAGGGGCAACGUGGGAACCCUGGACCGACUGACGGCUAAAAGGGACAGGGAUAGCAACUCAGAUACACUUAACAGGAAAACUACGCCAGUUUAA